GCAUCCUUGCACAAGCAUAAGGAUUAGGAGCAUCCCACCUCAUUCACAGCAUGGCAGAAGGUUCUGGCUCGGCGUCUUUGGUGGAGAUUGAGACAGCAUUCAAGAAAUUUGCGAUGCAUGGAGACACCAAAGCCACGGGGAAGGAGAUGACCGGGAAGAACUUUUCCAAGCUGUGCAAGGACUGCAAAGUGAUCGAUGGGAAGGGCGUCACCAGCACUGAUGUGGACAUCGUCUUCAGCAAAGUCAAAGCUAAGUCGGCACGUGUGAUUACAUUCGAGCAGUUUUCCCAGGCACUGGCGGAGUUGGCUCCAAAGCGCUUUAAAGAGAAGAGCCAGGAAGAGGCCCAGCAGCUCCUUUACAGCCUCAUCGCAGGCAAAGAGCCUGCUAACCUGGGCGUCACGAAAGUGGUGAAGGCGGGAGCUGUGGACCGUUUGACAGACAGCAGUAAAUACACCGGCUCCCAUAAGGAGCGUUUUGACGACUCAGGAAAGGGGAAAGGCAAAUCCGGAAGGCAGGAAAUCCCCGAUACUAGCGGCUACGUGAGCGCAUACAAGGGCCAGGGCACUUACGACAGCAAAGUGAAAGAAGGACAAUGAUUCUGAUUAUCCUGAUUCAUGUAUUAUUGUGUAUUAUAGA